AUGAAGCUACCUGAAGGAUAUAAGGUUAAGGGGGAGCAUCCUAGUGGAUCAAAAUUAGCAUGUAAACUCCACAAAUCUCUGUAUGGACUUAAGCUAGACUCAAGACAAUGGAAUGCUAAGUUAACCUCCUCCAUCAUUCACUAUGGCUUCAAGCAAUCAUUUACUUCUACUCAAGCUGCAGUUACUAUAAAAGAAUACUUAAGCUCACAGUUUAAGUUUAAAGAUCUUGGCAUAGUGAAAUAUUUCCUUGGUUUUGAGACAGCAAGGCCACCACAAGGAAUUUCAUUAUGUCAAAGGAAGUACACAUUUGACUUGUUGGAAGAGCAUGGUUUUCUUGGAGCUAAACCAGUGUCAACACCCAUUGAUUACAAUGUGAAAUUAAGAAAAGCAAGCAAAGAAUAUAAGUUAGCAGAUCUUACAAGAUACAGACAGUUGGUGGGAAAACUUCUUUACUUGACUUUCAUAAGGCCAAACAUAUCUUAUGCAGUACAAACCUUAGCUCGGUUCAUGGACAAGCUAGCACAUGAGCACUAUAUAGUAGCCUACAAAGUACUUAAGUAUUUGAAGGUAGCACCUGGUCAGGGAAUUUUGAUCAAAGCAAAAUCUAACUUAAGGAUUUUAGCAUACUGUGAUAAUAACUAG